AUGGCCGCCCAGCAACCUUUUGGUAUACCAACAGGGGCUAAGAAGCUCGAGAAGGUCACGGAACUGGUCGAAGCCCUCACCGCAGAUCUCGAAGAAGAUCAGUUUCUUCCAGAUGGCCGCGCCACGGCUCUGGACCAACUUAAAUUAUACAGCCGAGACCCCAGGAAUGCCGAACCUCUCUACUCAGAAGCAGUCAGUACACCCCCGGGCUUCUCCAUGCUCCUCCGCCAUGCUUAUGACAAACCAUCUACCAAAUCGGCUCGGGCUGCAUUGAAGGUGAUAGCUAAUUUGAUGCUCCUCGUCCCUCCUACGCGGCAUAUGUUUGUCGAUAAGGGUUUUGCUCCCAAAGCCAUCAAAGAACUAGACACUGGAAAUUAUGAAGAUGAAUUUCUCAACUCUCGUAUCUUAUUCCUUACCACUUAUGAAACAAAGAUCGAUCUGAAGGAGCUCCUCGAUAAUGAGAAACUGGCCGAUCGCAUUAUCAACAACCUAGCAAAGCAUGCAAAGGAAAUGGAUACCAAGGCCAAGGCUGAUCCCAUGCAAGACAUGGCGCUUACCGAAACCGUAAAGCUCUUGUUCAACGUUACACACUGGUGUAAAGAGAAGGCCUCGUUGUUCAAUCCUGCAGUUCCUCAUUUGAUAGCCGUGCUGUUCAAGGCUGAAGUUUCCCAAACGAAGCCGCUUGACCCUCCAGUCGGAUUCAUCAUCAACGGUUUCCUCAAUCUUGACCUGAGUACCCCAGAGAGCCAGAACGCUCUUCACCCCAAGAGUGAUCCCGAGAGGGUCGUAUCUCGGGUGAUUGACCUCCUAGAUGUCUCCAUUCGAACCAUUCCCGACGAGCAGAAGGAUCCUUCCGUUGUGCCAGUCCUUGGCCUCGUAAGAUCGAUAUACGAGCAUGCGCCUGAUUCUACCAAAUUUUUCAUUCGUGAGAAGCUCUUGCCGACAGAGGAAGAGAGGAAGGAUGUUCUCGGAAAAGGUCACAGCUUACCAGCCAAACUUCUCCAAAACAGCAAUAACCCCAUGGCCCCGUCAUUGCGCAACCUGAUCCAACAUGUGCUCUUCGAGCUAUCUGAUAAGGAUGCCUCUAAGUUUGUCAAGAACGUUGGCUACGGCUUUGCGUCUGGAUUCCUUUUCCAAAACAACAUCCCUAUUCCAGCUUCGGUUGCAGAGGCUCACGGCGCAGGUGAUGCGGCUAAGGCGCAGAAGCCAGUCAAUCCCGUCACUGGCCAAUUUGUGGAUGCUGAGAAGCCGGUUGACGAGCCUGAGAUGACGGAAGAAGAGAAGGAACGGGAGGCUGAAAGGCUCUUUGUGUUGUUUGAACGAUUGAAAAAGACAGGCAUCAUUGACGUUCAGAACCCGGUGGAGGCCGCCGUGAGGGAGGGUCGUUUCAGAGAACUCAAAGAUGAUGAGGUUGAAGAGCUUGAGUAG